CUCGAGAUAAGCUGCUGGAGGUACUGGCCGAGCCAUCAGAGCGUUGUCCAUCACCGGUCAUGUGUGACAUCCAGUGCUUUUGGGGACAGAAAAAGCAAAGGCGUGCAUGCAUAGCCGGCGAGCUUGCUGGGCGGUGACCUGUGCUUGGGACUUUUCGGGGCUGGAGAACGUGGUCCGGUUCGCUUGGGGAGCGCCAAUGGAUCAGACGAAAGUACUGCGUACAAAUCAACCCUGCUGGACUUUCUUUCUUUUCGCACACCGUCUCGACUCCCAACUUUUCUUUUCUUUCCUUUGUUUCCUUCUCUUCCCCUCCAUUUCCAUUUUCAUCUCCAUCUUCAACUCCAACCUCCCUCAUCUCCUCAUAUGGGGACGGUCUCCCCUCCGCGGCGGACCAGAAACCAGCCGCCCGUCCGCCCAUUCCAGCUAUACCGAAACUCGUGUCCCAGCGCCUCGGGUUACACAACUGUUCCUGCAGCGUUUUCUGAGUCGGCGCCGAGCCUGCAUGAACAGGCAUCGGUGGGAACCGCUUUCAACUCUGGAAAUCCUUCCUCGAAGCGGGAGAUCGAUUUUCGUCACGAUAUGUGAUAGAAUCCGAGCCAUGUUUGCUUCUUUCCGCAUUGAUGGCACCGGCUCUUGCAAUUUCUGGAGGAGCCUACGAUUCGUCACUUCGUGCAACCGGGAUGUAGUCCAAAAAUACACUGGUAUCCGCCGACGACAUUCUCCUUCGAACGAACUGCCGACAACUCGACGACCUUCCAUUGGAUAUCCCGAGCCGAACUAAGAAAAUGUAUUGUGACGACAGAAACGGCGGUUUCCAAGCUGCAAAACCGGCGUGGCCAUUCACUUCCGCUCGAAUUGCUGGAGGGCGCUGACAUAUUCUGACUCAAGGAUGCAUGCCUGUUAUCACAUGGCGAUAUUGUGGUCAGUAAGCAGAAAAUCAUUCCAGUGCGACGUUUCGAAUCAUAGCU